CCGUCAUAGGGCCUCCCUCUAGUACAAUUCAAGACUGGCUCACCUGUAGGCAGCGUUCCAGCAGGUACUUACUUGCUCGCCAUGGGCUUAUGUACACCUGCCUACAGGGGUACUUAUACCUACCUCCUACCUACACCACCCACCCCUCCAUCCAUUUCCCCCAUCACCACCACCAUCCCUCCCGCUUCAGAUACACGCAUCCAAGCACCCGACCUGCCAUGGACGGGUAGCUUGACUCGCCGUCUUUUCCAGCUGUCGGGAUAUCUUCUCCGUGUCUAACAGCCGUAGAUCCUUCCGAGGGCCCGUCAACAUCAAUGCGGGUGUUCGUUCGAUUUGUCAUCCGAGAUCCCUUACUUACAUCCGUACCCACCGGGCCUUGCGACGACGACGUAGGCCCCAGCCUCCAUUGCCUACGACCUCGGCGCAACCCACGAUGACCAGUUUACCGUCCUUGUAGCCAUGAUGCUCAGACUGGUCCCUCGGGCUACCGCGCCCGGCUCGGCCUCUCUCUGCUGUUUGAACAGACCUCAGCUGGCCCCCUCACUCUCGCCGUCGUCGCGUAAGAGCGCCCGAGUCUUCCACACCUCCCAAUGCCUCCCGCCGCGAAGGCCCCAGCUCGGCCUUUCGCCUGACCCCGGCCGGCCGCCGAAAUGCGACCCGAAUCUGGCCCAAUUCAGCUCCCAAGCCUCGAAGAAGCCUCCCGGCGCCAGCGUUCCGAAGGACCCCCUGGCCGCGAUCGACAAGAGCGCACACGAGCAGCGGAAAGCGGACUGGGCAAUCAUGAAAGAGAUGGCCCACUACCUGUGGCCCAAGGACAGCUUGGGCACCAAGCUACGGGUGUCGUUGGCCGUCGCGCUCCUCGUCGGCGCGAAGGUGCUGAAUGUGCAAGUGCCGUUCUACUUUAAGAGCAUCGUGGAUGCUAUGAAUAUCGAUGUGGGCGCGACCGGCGGUACUGCCGUCAUGGUCGCCGGAAGUAUGAUCCUAGCGUACGGUGCGACGAGGAUAGGGGCGACCCUCUUCCAGGAAUUGCGGAAUGCCGUGUUCGCUUCGGUCGCCCAGAAGGCGAUCCGCAAGGUUGCCUGCAACGUCUUCGACCACCUCCUGCGCUUGGACCUGAACUUCCACCUCACCAAGCAGACCGGGGGCCUGACGAGGGCUAUCGACCGCGGCACCAAGGGUAUCAGCUUCCUGCUCACGAGCAUGGUCUUCCACAUAUUCCCGACCGCGCUCGAGAUCGGUAUGGUCUGUGGCAUACUGACCUGGCAGUACGGCGGGCAAUAUGCUGCCAUCACUGCCGUCACCAUGACGGGCUACACCGCAUUCACCAUCUGGACGACGGCCUGGAGAACUAGGUUUCGGAGGCAAGCCAACGCCGCCGAUAACAAGGCUUCCACGGUAGCCGUCGAUUCUCUGCUCAACUACGAGGCCGUCAAGUACUUCAACAACGAGAAGUUUGAAGUGUCUCGGUAUGACAACGCCCUGCAUGAGUAUGAGAAAAGCUCUAUUAAAGUUGCCACAUCGUUGGCCUUCCUCAACAGCGGCCAGAACAUAAUAUUCUCGAGCGCUCUCACCGCCAUGAUGUACCUCGCCGCCAAUGGCGUCGCGAGCGGCUCUUUGACGGUCGGCGACCUAGUCAUGGUGAACCAGCUGGUCUUUCAGCUUUCUGUCCCGCUCAACUUCCUAGGUUCGGUAUAUCGAGAGCUGAGGCAGUCCCUUCUUGACAUGGAGACGCUCUUCAACUUGCAAAAGGUAAAUGUCACGAUUAAGGAGCUUCCGGAUGCCAAGCAGCUCCUCCUUUCUAAGGGUGGCGAGAUCAAGUUCGAGAACGUCAACUUCAGCUAUCAUGCCGAGCGGCCCAUUCUGCGGGACCUCACGAUGACCAUUCCCGCCGGCAAGAAAGUGGCCGUCGUGGGACCUAGCGGCUGCGGAAAGUCGACGCUGUUAAGGCUUCUCUUCCGAUAUUACGACGUCGAGCAUGGCCGAAUUCUGAUCGACGACCAAGAUAUCCGCCAUGUCACCUUGGAAUCUCUGCGAAAAUCGAUCGGUGUCGUCCCGCAGGACACCCCUCUGUUCAACGACACCGUCCAGCACAACAUCAGAUACGGAGACUUAUCGGCGCCUGAAUCACGAGUCAUCGCAGCCACCAAACGUGCUCACAUCCACGACACGAUAUCCAGCUGGCCUUCCGGGUAUAAUACCAGAGUCGGCGAGAGAGGCAUGAUGAUCAGCGGAGGAGAGAAACAGCGGCUGGCGGUUUCGAGACUGCUCCUUAAAGACCCGCCGCUGCUAUUCUUUGACGAAGCGACCAGCGCCUUGGACACGCACACGGAGCAGGCGCUCAUGCAGAACAUCAACAGCAUCCUCCGAGAGAAGGCGAGGACCAGCGUCUUCGUUGCCCACCGGCUGCGGACCAUAUACGAUGCCGAUCUGAUCAUCGUACUGAAGGAGGGACGAGUGUCGGAACAGGGGACACAUAAGGAGCUCAUCGAUCGCGGUGGCCUCUACUCGGAGCUCUGGAGUGCCCAGGAAACCUUGUUUCAUUCGAAUGGAGACAAGAACGAAGAAGUUGGCGAAGAUAUAGACGAGGACGAAGCAGAAGUUGGUGGUCGUAAAACUCGUUCAUAGCCGGCGGCGGUAUUAGGGGUUGGACAGGGAUUGUUGCCGAGGACGACACUGUAACUGGCUCUCGCCCCCCGAGUGACAUCGAGAGUGCCUUGUAGGAUACGGCGUAGCCUCUAAAAAAAGAAAGGAAGCAGGCGGCCGUGCCCUAUCUUUGUGAUUGCCUAACGCGAAAACGCUCGCCACAAGUUCUCCCCCGAAGACACAGUAGAUUUCUAGCCAUAGAACCGCCGUC